GAGUGCAACGAACUACAAGGUGGCCCCUGGCGAGUUUCUGCAGCACAGUUUCGUAACCGUGCGGUUGACAAGGACGUCAACGCCGUGAAGAGUUUACGGCCGAAUAGACGCGUGGUGUGCAGCGUGCGUUCGAGGCAACGUGGAGACAGCGGUUACUGCGAAGCGAAACUGCCGUUCGAUAAAGACACAUGUGCCCAAACGAGCCGUUCCGUGACAAAUCGUUUGAAAUCAACCGAGAUUCGACCUCAUCGUUAA